UUCGUCAACAUAUUCAGCUGCAGCUGUACAUAUCUCCGUGUCUAUCCCUCCCCGCUGCCAAGUCAGCACACAAUUUUAGUGGAGUUCUCUGAAAUAGCAAUGCCCCUAAAAGACUAUGUCUUCGAGCAGGACACGUUUACUGUGACGGAUGAUAUGCAGGCAUGUUUCAACGACAACGGUUAUUUACUGCUCAGGGGACUUCUGAGCAACAGCGAACUGAAUCGAGUGAAGGAAGUAGUAGAAGACAAUUCCGUCAUCGAUAAGUUUGCGUAUGGUAACAAGGAUGACAAAAACCGAGAGAGUCGACUGUGUCUGUGGAAUCACCCUGGGAAUGACGUCACCGGAAUGGUGGCUCGAUGCAGCAAGGUUGCAGGGACGUGUGCGAAGUUGUUGUCUGGCGAGGUAUAUCACUACCACACCAAGCUGAUGAUGAAAGAAGCGAAGACAGGGGGUAGCUUUGUCUGGCAUCAGGACUAUGGUUACUGGUAUCGGAAUGGGUGUCUCUUCCCUGAUAUGAUGACUGUAUUCAUCGCGCUGGACAAAUGUACUCGGGAGAAUGGCUGCCUGCAGAUAUUAUCCGGUUCACAUUUGUGUGGUCGUGUAGACCACGGUAUUGUCGGCCGUCAGAUUGGGGCUGAUGUGGACCGAGUGUCAGAAAUCAGCAAAGUGUGUGAGCAACUCUAUGUGGAAUUAAACCCAGGUGACGCCCUGUACUUCCACGGGAAUAUGCUCCACACAUCAAGUGCCAACACCAGCAGCAUGAGGCGAUGGGCCUUACUGUGCGCCUACAACAAAGCCAGCAACAAUCCGGUGAAGGAGCAUCUGCACCCGUAUUACACCCCUCUGACACAGGUGCCGAACACUGCCAUUUUGGAGUGUCCAAUACCCUGGGACACCACAGGGAAAGAUCUGGUUACAAAGGACAGAAGGGAGAGGUUUGUUAUGGCCAGUUAGUGCUCUGGAAAUGGAAUAUCAAACAAUACAUUCAUCACCAGUGCCAGAAUAAACCCACAUUGUCACACAGUGUGACACUAGUCGCACUGUAAAUGGUUGUCAUUGCGCAUUAGUUGUAAAAUUAAGUCUAGUCAUGUAUUUGUCAGCAUUCUUCGUGUCAUGCAUAAGCGUUUCGGCAGGUCCAAUAAACGAUUGUUUUUGUGUGGCAUUACUGACA